UCAUGAUGCCAUUUAGCAACAGAUGAGCAGCGGGACAUAACGCUACAUGUUCGUUUGGGACUGCCUCUGAGAAAAUACCACGUUGUCUGGUUUUAUCCCCGGGACUGUAAUGCUCGCGUUGGCCGUUUUUUUUGCACCGUAGCCGGGGUGUGUGGCUGAGCAGUGUCCGCGUAUUCAGCGUGUGUUUGUGUCGCCGCUGCCCCUGACUUUCACUGGAGCGCUAUGGAUGUGCUAUGGAUGUUGCCCCUGCUGCUGAUCCCACUGUUGAUGUGGACCAGCAGCACAUUUGUUUUUUAUUUUAAAAAGUUUUUCUACGUUGCAUGGAUGAUGUGUUUGGCUCUCUUGGCUAUCCCCCUGUGCAUACUGAAAAGCGGGGGAAGAGACAUUGAAAAUAUGAGGAUCAUCCGCUUCCUGGUCCGACAUGUAAAGUAUUUCCUGGGUUUACGUUUCGAAGUGAGCGGCUGGGAACAUCUGCAGACAGAGGGACCCUAUGUCAUCAUCUCCAACCACCAGAGCUCUUUGGAUGUAUUGGGCUUGAUGGAGAUCUUACCUGAUCGCUGCACUAUGAUUGCAAAAAAGGAACUCAUCUAUGCUGGAACUGUCGGGCUGGUCUGCUGGCUUGGUGGUAUCGUCUUCAUCAACCGCAAAAAGACGAGUGAUGCCAAAAGUGUCAUGGCAGAUGCAGCCAAGACAAUGUUGGAAGAUCAGAUUCGUCUUUGGGUGUUUCCAGAAGGUACAAGGAACCAGAAUGGAGAUCUUUUGCCAUUCAAAAAGGGAGCCUUUCACCUAGCAGUGCAGGCACAGGUACCUCUCAUACCUGUGGUGUUCUCUUCGUACGGCAAUUUUUAUCUACGGAAAGAAAAGCAGUUCAAAUCAGGAACCAUCCGAUUGAAGAUUCUUCCUAAGAUUGAGACAAAGGGCCUGACAUCAGACAACGUGUCAGAUUUGUGUGACAAAUCCUUCAAUGUGAUGCGCUCUGCUUUUCUGGAAAUCUCUCCCUCCGUAUCACAGAGCAACGGGCCCAUGAGUCACUGAACAUUCUCAUUGUCCCUUCCUCCUUCUGGUGUACUCGCCUUUAUCCCACUGACGCCCCUGCAGCCCCAGGUUGUCUUCAUAUUUGGACAAACAUGAUGGAGAGUUCCUGUCAUGAGUCCAGUAGACACCCGGCCCAGUGCGCCACAGCACAGUUGGUCCUGACCCUCAGCAGCAUUGCCCUGUGCGCUGUGAGGAGUGACGGACAGCAAGCCGAACUAUGCGGAUAUGUGUUCAUCAUUAAGCAUGCCUUUUGGAUUGCUUCAUCCACCCUUCAUCUUUGAUUUAUUGUCUUACAUUGACUCUUUCUGGGCCUUGUCUAUAAUGCCUUUGCGUCUUCUGUUUUACAAUUAAUUGCUAUUUUUGUUCUUCUCAUGCUGAUUAAUUUAAGUUUUAUUUCGAUGCUGAUAUGCACAAAUUUACAUAAUAUCACAUCGCCUUACUUCACUGUAUUAUUUGUGUUGGACUGCUGGUCCUGUUUGCAUUUCCUCAAUGAGCAAAGUGUUUAUUCUUGGCCCACGUCUCCAUUUUAGCUUUGCUUUUUACUUUUUGAUAAAUAGUUGGGAGAUAACUAUGAAAUUUGAGGAAGAUUGUGGCCUCCAUCUGUACUGAUUUCAUGAACAUUUCAGUGAUGUGUAUUAUUGGUGUUUCAAUGUGCAUUCAUUCAUACUGUCGUAUCUAAAGCUCACAAAUAACCUUCCUUGUAGUUAUGUGAAACAGCUCCGUAUUAUGUAUAUUUGUUAUAUUUAUUUUUUGUUCUUUUUUAUUAAAUAUUGUCAGAAAUUCCAAAUUAAUCUACUCCAGAAGUGUCAAAAAGGAAGUGCAAUGUCUUUGUUUUAGCAGUACUUUUCCAAAGUGCAAGUUUUCUGCUGUGCCAUGAUAGUGUUUUGAAGGACACAAUGCUUAGAAACAUAACUCAUCAUUAAAAUUGUACUAUGAUAUUCUUUAUUAUUCUACUGACUGACAUCAUUUCCUACGUCUGCAUUAGGAGGGUUACCUGUAUACAUGUGCAUAAUGAUUUCCCUUUUUCAGUUAUUAUUGAACAGGUAAACUAACAGCAAAGAACUAAUAAUACUCAUGUAUUUUAAUGAAAUGUGAAUGAUCUUAUCUUAAAGUAUUGGAACGACUUGAUGUAGAAAUUUUGGCCUUAAGACUGAUUGGUUUUUGUAGCACUUUUAUGUUUUCUGUUCUUGAUAAUUUGCAUUAUUUACAGACAAAGUUAUUUUAAAGAGAUUUAACUGCUACUCUUAUGGGUCAUGUUUUAUUUGACUGCCUUCAUUUUUUUGCAUAGUGUCACUGACCUCCUUGUUUUGCCCAAAAUCCAUACAAGAAUGUAAUUACAUAUGGGAUAUUACUGUACUCUAGAACUCUACUCUAGAAACUUUAGCAUCAUGUAUUCUGGCUUUAGAUUGUUAAAUGGACUUAAUUAACAUUACAGAUAGACAUCUCUUGUUGCCCAUGUUUGCAAUAGUUACAAUUAACCAUAUAUUCAUUCUACUCAAAUUACUUAUUUAUGAUCCUGAUAUAUCUACAUUUGACUGCUUAGUUCUGCCGUGUGCCAGAAGCGAGAAUCUUUAGCCCUUUGCUUUAAUCUUGGCUUAAUCAGGCCAGUAACUAUAAAAACAUUUCAUUAAUUUUAUUAUUAUAUUUAUUUGGAUUUUGUCUGGCAAUUUUUUUGUGUGAAUGUGAAAGGUCUACCAAAUGCUAUCUUGGUGAAUUUAUAUCUAACCAUAAAUUUGUUUUUUGAUUGGAGUGUAUAUUGCUUUAUUUUCUUAUCUUUAUGCAUUGAUUUGUAAUACAAGUGUGUGGUUAUUUGUACAUUGUUCAUAGUUCAAACGGGUGGCUCCUGCUUCGUCCUGCUGGUUUGGGCACUUUGUUAAAUAGAACACACGGUGACAAUUUUAAAUUAUUCUGAAGUUUAAUAGAGAAUUUUCUCUGCUCAGUGAGGGUGGAAAAUGUUCACCAAAGCUAUAAAAGACUAACAGGUGAUAGCUUUACAGGAAUAUUAAAAACAGAUCUGACAUCCUGCUGAGCCCUGUAUGUGUGUGGUCCCAUAGGUGCACACAUGGUCUGUGCCCGUUGCCUAUAUAGUAUCUGAUUCUUAUCGACGUUCUUAGGUUCACCUAUACUAGGUAAACAUGAAUGCCUUGCUAAGGAAUAUGUAACAAUAAAAUGAAUUUCUAAAUAUGUUCUGCUUUCUUCCAGGUUGUUAAUAAAGUACCUAUCUAUUA